AUGGCGACUUAUGGUGAGCGAGCUUUAAAAUUUCGUAACGAGACAGCACGAAAAUUAUUUGUAGUAGAACGAAAUACUGUGAAACUCCAAUAUUCCAAAGGGAUUUAUAAAAUAGUAGAAUGGGCAGAUAUUACAAAUGCACAUUCAUUAUCAGGUGAAGCAACCGAAUCAUACACUAAGGAAACUAUAAGAAUGGCAUGUGAUCAUGAUGAUUUUGUAAUUGGAUUUAUUUAUGUCAAUUCUCCUGGUAGUAGCAGUGAUCCAAAAGAUGAUGACGGCGAUGAUGAUGACGGAGGAAGGGGAAUUCAUAUAUAUGUUGCCAGGAUAUAUAGUACGCCAGAAGAAGUUAUAACAAAUAAAACUGAUAUUAUUAUUGUUGGUCGUGGAAUUUAUGCAAGUGGUAAAGAUGUAGUUGAUGAAGUGAAAAGGUAUAGAGAUACAGGAUGGAAUGCUUAUUUAGAUAAACUAAGAAUAUCAGGAAAAGAUCAAAUGAAUUUUCUUCGUAACUUAACUUCAAUUAUACCGCCAAUUGCCGAGAACACCAUUAAGAAAACCACUAAAUAUGGAGGAAAGUAUACUGUCACAUUGAUCCCAGGAGAUGGUAUCGGGCCAGAGAUUGCAGAAUCAGUUAAAACAGUAUUCAAAGAGGCCGAAGUUCCAAUUGAAUGGGAACAACAUAAUGUUACUGGAUAUACUGAAGAUAGCGAUUUGUUAUUUCAACAAAGUAUGGAAAGUUUAAGAAGAAACAAAGUUGCAUUAAAAGACGAUCAUCCAUCUUUUAAUGUUGCGAUGCGUAAAGAUUUAGACAUUUAUGCAUCAUUGGUAUUAAUAAAUAAUAUUAAAGGAUAUCCAACACGUCAUAAAGAUGUAGAUUUUGUUAUUAUUCGUGAGAAUACUGAGGGAGAAUAUGCAGGAUUAGAACAUCAGUCAUAUCCGGGAGUAAUAGAAUCACUGAAAAUUACAACUAGAGAAAAAACAGAACGAAUUGCACGAUUUGCAUUCGAUUUUGCGCUUAAAAAUGGACGCAAAAAAGUUACAUGUGUUCAUAAAGCCAACAUUAUGAAACUUGGAGAUGGAUUAUUUUUAAAUACAUGUCGUAAAGUUGCAGAAGAUUAUAAACCAUUAGGAAUUGAAUUUAAUGAUAUGAUAGUUGAUAACUGUUCUAUGCAACUUGUGUCCAAGCCACAACAAUUUGACGUUAUGGUAAUGCCUAAUUUGUAUGGAGCAAUUGUAAGCAACAUCGGUGCGGCAUUGGUUGGUGGACCGGGCAUUGUUCCAGGUGUAAAUAUAGGUAGAGAAUAUGCAUUAUUUGAGCCGGGAGCACGUCAUGUUGGUAGAGAUAUUCAAGGAGAUAAUAAAGCCAAUCCAACAGCAUUUAUUCUUUCAGGAGUAUUGUUGUUAAGACAUUUAGGACUUGAUGAUGAUGCUAAUAGAAUUUAUAAUGCAGUAAUUAAAGCCGUACUACAUGGAUCGGCCAAAACUCAUGAUAUGGGUGGCAAUUCAACAACAACAGAAUUUACACAUGAAGUUAUUUCUAAUUUGUAG